GAGCGCGUCCCUGCUGUAUGUGACGUCACGGCACCCACGCGGUGCAUGCUGGGACAAGGACUUCGGUUUGAAUAGUCUGGCGGCAAAUUUGCGCAGCCGGAUCGUAGUGAGAACCGGACACAUCACCCGCUCCGCGCCCGACACCACACCCGCCAUGGCCGCCCGGACCCCGAGGAAGAGGAAGCAGAGUCCCGCCAGCGCAGACGGACGCUGGUCAUCUUUUGGAACGCCAGUCAAGAAGAUAAUAGUGGAUUGCAGCGUCGUUCUGACCCCGCUCCAGCCCCGGAACCCGAACAGCAAUUGUGCCGUAAGACGCUCACCAACGCCGAGCUACACGAAUAUCAAGGACCCCAAGGAUAAGGAGAACAUGGCGGUGUCCCCUCAGAAGAGCAGCGUCGCCCGGAAGCUCAUCGUCUCGCCGGUGCUGGCAGAGCGCAGCGACAAAGACGCUUACGUCUUCUCCCCGGUGAAGUCACCUGACACCUCCCCCAAGGUGCCGGCGAGGUCUUUCUAUAAGGAGAGCAAAUACGUGACGCCGGUGGACCGCAAGCGGAUCAGCGAGAGUAGAGGACGGAUCGGUCGGGACAAGUCGCCUCCGGGCGUAAAAACGAGCAGCAAGGAAGCUUCUAAAUUCACCAGGGUGAAAAAAACGCUGACUGCAAAGAAAAGGAAGUCGACUGGAAACAGUGCGCCUGUGAAAAAAAUGCAAGUGGCACGGGCGAGAAAUAAGACUACCCCGUCACCGAAAAACCAAAGCGCUCCCCUUCCAAAGACAGAGCAGAGCGACGCGUCGCCUAAAGCUGCCCAAGAGCCGAACGUUCUGAGAACCGCCAUCUUGGGGCUAAAGAUGAAACCGAGGCCUAAGCUGACAAUGGGCGCGGCCUUCUUCGCCACCAGCAAGAAGCCGCACUCUGUGCCUAAGAGGAUCCCGACCCACGCCAAAUUUCCUACGUCUUCCAAACCGUCCUUCAGACCCAGGAAAGAGAGCGUGGCGUCAACGGCGAAUACUCAGGCCGCUGCCCAUGGCGGCAAAGUAGCAGAUGGCGGUGGGCAGAAAGAAGUCACUGGUUGUGCUCCACCUGUUGGGGGGAAGAAUCAGAGUGGGGGGCGCCACAAGGGAAACAAGAUGGAGAUGAAGAGCCUGGAAGAGAAUGGUGCCGGCCUACAACAAGAGGGCGCCACCACCAUGGAAGCAAACAAUGAACCUCCGACCGUGUUUGACGCAGACGACUCGGUACUGAAGUCAUCAGAUAAGAAAGACUCCACAAUUUACCCCAUCUUCAGCACCCCCUCCGUGACUAAGAAAAGACCUGUAGAUUUCCGGACGGAUUUGGCGUCCCCGGUCUGCUCCAGUACUCCGCUGAAUGUGCCGUCUGCCUUACACAAAGCGCCAAAACUGAGCAAGAAAAAGGAGAGUCUGGCUGAAGAUCAGCUGAUCAUUGAUGCUGGUCAGAAGCACUUCGGUCCGGUGUUGUGCAGCACCUGCGGGAUGAUCUAUGCGGCGGCCAGUGUAGAGGAUGAGGCGCAGCAUGCACAGUAUCACCAGAGACUGCUGGAGAGCAUCCGCUAUGUGGGUUGGAAAAAAGAGCGAGUUGUGGCCGAAUUCUGGGACGGAAAGAUCCUAAUGAUUUGCCCUGAAGAUCCAAAAUACGCCCUGAGAAAGGCGGAGGAGGUGCGAGAACUUGUGGACACGGAGCUUGGCUUCCAGCAGACGAGCCUGAAUUCUCCCAGUAGGACCCGCACUUACCUGUUUGUGACCAAUGAUAAGAAGAUAGCCGGGUGCCUGAUCGCCGAGCCCAUCAAACAGGCGUUCCGGGUCCUGGCGGAGCCACCGUCUCCUGACACGAAGUCCACGCUGGAGCGGCACCGAGCCUGGCGCUGCUCCUCAGAACCUCAGCCGGCCAUCUGUGGCAUCAGCAGGAUCUGGGUGUUCGCCCUGAUGCGCAGGAAAGGCAUCGCCAGCCGUAUGGUGGACACCGUGAGGAGUUCAUUCGUCUACGGCUCGCGCCUGACGACCGACGAAAUUGCCUUCUCCGACCCCACGCCGGACGGGAAGCUUUUCGCCAGCACCUACUGCGCGGUCCCUGACUUCCUGGUCUACAACUUCCUCAGUUAGAUGUUUCCGCAGUCAUCCAUAACCUCCCAGCCAUUGCAAUAUCUACCUGCAUCAGGGCAUGCUGGGAGUUGUAGUUUUGCGGUGGCUGGAGUUCCGGGUUUCGAGUUUGUUGCACUUUCUUUCUUUUGCUUUUUGUUUGCUGCUAGAACAGAUUGUCCUCGUGUUUUGUUUAUAAAGUUGGGAUGAGGAGAGGAUUUUAUUCAGUUUUUUUAUAUAUAUAUUUUUUUUUUAUAUUUAGUAUGUUAAAGGGGUACUCCACACCUAGACAUCUUAUCCCCUAGCCAAAGGAUAAGGGAUAAGAUGUCUGAUCGCGCGGGGGCCACAGCUGGCACCCCCAAAAUCUCUGCAGUGCGGGUGUCGUGACGUCACAGCCAGGCCCCCUCAUGACGUCACUGCCACGCCCCCUCAAUGCAAGUCUAUAGGAGGGGGAGUGGUGGCUGUCACGCCCCCUCCCAUAGACUUAAAUUGAGGGGGCGUGGUGUGACGUCACGACCGCCGCUGCCCGCUCCAAGCUUUCGGAACAAAAUGUUCCACACGCUGGGGCAGCGGAGUACCCCUUUAAGGAGGGUUCAAAGCCGGGAUCUCGGAGCAGAUGGAGUGUCCUUUAGUGUCUUGUUUUCUGCCUUCAGUAGUUAAAGGGGUUAUCCUGGGAAUUUUUUUUUUUUUUUUUUUUUUUUU